UAGGCGGCAGCGAAGUGGUCAAAAUAAGACAGUAUUUCCAAAAAUGUCACUCUACUUUUCUGGGCCCCUGAAAAAUUUGCUUUCUUUCGUCGUUCACCGUUGAAUAUUGCGGGCUCGUGCCUUCAACACCGAAUCAGCCGGCGAUCAACUGUCCUAAUAGUCGAGCAAAGGUUGUUGAGAAAUGGUUCUGGUUGAAGACGAUUUGGUACAUCAACCCAACUUGAAGGAGCGUGGACGCAAGAAAGCGAUUGAGUCCAACAAUUUUCACCAAACGAAGAAAAAUGUGGUUGAAUGUAAAACAAAAGGAAAGAAAGAAUUGUCUCCAAAAGAAAGUCACAAACGUGAUGUGAACACGAGCGAAUCGAGUUUGAUGGAAAAUCUUUAUAACUUUGACAUCACGUUGUCAAGGAAUCUAAGCGUUUGUGCGGACAAAAAAUCAGGGAGAUGGAGAUCGCUGAUGAUUCUUCUUGAAAUCAGUGGGCACGGAGUUCCAUGGAUUGUUGGAACGGUGUUUUCUGUGAUAUUUUUCUCAGGUGUUAAACAAGAAUUCGCUUGUAAUUUGCUUCUAGCUCUGAUAUUCGAUCUAGGCGUGGUUGGAGGCUUAAAAGUUAUGGUGCGACGAAAAAGACCAGUAUACAACGAAGAAGACAUGUUUGCUACAGUGUCCGUGGAUAAUUACUCAUUUCCUUCUGGUCACUCUACACGAGCUGCGAUGGUUGCAGGUUUAUUUGCAAUGUUUAUUGAAAAUGGACUUUGGAGAAUUCUGAUUGGUUGUUGGGCCCUGUGCGUGUCGAUGUCUCGUAUCAUACUUGGCAGACAUCACGUGAGUGAUGUGUUCUGUGGUGUUUUGAUUGGUUUGUUACAGUGCUGGACUAUUUGCACCAUUUGGUUGGCAUCCAAGACCUGCCAGGAACUCUUGUCACUUAUACCGUAUUUCUAUGAACCAUAG